AUGAAAGUUAUUUAUACUUUAUUCCUUAGCUUAUUAAUUGUGCAAUGCGAGAAAAAUUUGAGCUCUAGAAUAGAGAGUUUAUUAUAAACACAAUUGGGACAUACGCUACUAUCAACAGCAUAAUUAGCAUUAUAAACAAAUACUCCUUUGGAUAGAAUAAUAGAUACUCUGUAAGAAUUAGAAGAUAAAUAUUAAAAAGAUUAGAAGGAGGAGGACUUAGAAAAUAGAGAGUUUCAAUAAAAAUGUGAUACAGAUCUGUCCAAUCUUAAUAAUGAGAUUGAUGAUAUAAAUAGAUUGAAGGUAAAGAUUUAAGGAGCCAUAGAUUAACUUAAAGCUAGUAUAGAAUCAAAGAAAAAGAUCUUAGAUGAGAAAAAUGCUUUGAGAAAGAACUUGAGAAAAGGAAUGAAUGAAGUAGAUGUUAUAAGAGAAUAUUAAGUUAAAGUAUAUGAAGAUAAGAGAGGAGAAGUGGGAAAGAUAAUUAAAACAUUAGAAGAAGUGAAAUUAGUAUAUGCUUAAAAGCUAAGAACAAACUUUUUAGAGUUAUAGACAGAGAAAACAACAGUGAAACCAGAGGUAUUUGCAGAGGUAACAAAGCAACUGGUUAGUUUUGGUAAACUCAAAUCAUUAGGAAAACCGUUUUAAGAUAUAAUAGACUUUAUGAUUCAGAUGAGUUAAAAUGGAAAUAAUAUAGGUGUUUUGAGGAAUAUUAUAGAUUUGAGUGAAUCUUUAAUUAGGUAAAUUGAUGAAAUCUGGUAAGUAGAGAGAAAAGCAGAGGAGGAGAGAGUCAGAUGGUAUACAGAAUAUUAAAAGUUUAAUAACACAGAUUUCAAAAUUUAUGAUAAGGAAAUAAAUGAAUUAGAGGCUUUGAUUUAAUCUCUUAAAGAUAGAUUGGCAGAUAACCAGAGGAAGAUAGAUGAUUUAACUCUCAGACUUGAAUCUAAAGAAUAUACAAAGGAAGAUAGGAGAAAUGAAUGUUAAUAAGCAGCUUAUGACUAUACUUAAAGAAGAAUGUCAAGAGCAGUUGAUCGUAACAUAGUUUCUGAGGUAGUUGGAUUGCUAAAUGUGAAUAUGAGAGACCUUAAGGAAACUCUGGCUUAAAAAAUGGCUGCUGGAGAUCGUAUUUGA